AUGGACCGAUUGGCGAAUCAAGGUCAGAGCGAGGGUGCGGGCGUAGGAGAUCUUGCAAAGGAUAUGCAAGAUGCAUCAGCAUCAGCAUCGCCUGCAGCCAGCAGCACCCCCGGCGAUGGUUCCGGAAAUACAGGAAAAUCAGGCAGCGAAGGCAUGGGCGACUCUAACUCAGGCGACUCCGACUCAGACAGUGAUGCCGUUCAGUUCGACGCGCAACUUUUCAAAGAAGGUCCAGUAUUUAUAGUCGACAGCAGUCAGCGGUCCAGGGAGGUCGGAUUCGAAGCGGGCAAAAAAACUGUCCUCGAAAAGGUGGCAUGGCAGGUUGUCGUUGAUACCCGAGUUGAGACGUUGGGUUCUAGUAAUUUCAAAUCUUCAAAGGGAGAUUACAAUCAAUUCCUCGAUGUCACAAAUAAUAUGGUAUUGCUCAACUUCAUGGGUGACACCGCGAAGUUCUAUAACAAUACCAUGUAUGUUCAGAUUGAUUGGAGCAAGGACGGAUCAAAUGGCUAUACAAAAACACAACUCUUUACUGUUACCAACAGCACAGGCGCAUCUGCAUUUAAAGAACUCACGGACGAUCUCAAAGCGGAACAGGCAGGACAAGGACCAGCGGAAGUCACCUUGACAUCAGAUGCAUCGUCAACCUCUGGGAGCACCAAAGCCACCGGAACUAUUGAGCCUAGUGGCAAUGAUAGUUCUAGCAGCAGUGGUGGCGGUGGUGGUGGACUCUCAACUGGUGCAACUGCUGGGAUUGCAGUUGGUGCUGUUAUCGGUGGUCUUCUUCUCAUCGGUGCACUGGUAUGGUUUCUCCUUCGUCGACGUCGCCGUAACAAGCAGCCCAGUGAAGAGUACACCAUACAGCAAAGCUAUGCUGUGGAUAAGGAAAUCAGUGGACGUGCCAGUGACUCGCCCAACUCGCCUUACUCAGAUGAGAAUCACAUGCAACCUAUCGCCCUCGGAAACGUCGACCGUGAUCGUGGUGCCGCUCCUACUCCCCCACCGGGCCGUUCGUCUGUAGCGUCACACGAUCGUGGAGCCAAUAGUGGUGCUCAGACGCCUCAAGGCAUGUCUGCCAAUGUCGCUCACCUUGUUGAAGAUGGCAUGACGGCCGAUGAGAUCCGAAGACUGGAAGAGGAGGAACGACAAUUGGACGACGAGAUUGAGCGUGCAGCGAGACGAUAG